AUGGCGCCCACCAAGCCAAGCUUUCAGCAGGAUCCUUCCAGGCGAGAACGUUUACAAGCUUUGAGGAAGGAAAAGUCCCGAGAUGCUGCUCGCUCUCGACGGGGAAAGGAGAAUUUUGAAUUCUAUGAGUUGGCAAAGUUGUUGCCACUGCCUGCAGCCAUUACCAGCCAGCUUGACAAGGCAUCCAUCAUCCGACUUACAAUUAGCUAUCUGAAAAUGAGGGACUUUGCUAAUCAAGGCGAUCCUCCAUGGAACUUGAGAAUGGAAGGACCUCCACCUAAUACAUCAGUAAAAGGGAUACAAAUGUGGAAAUCUGAGGUCUGCAUGAGAAAGACACCAUGUGAAGUUAUAGGUGCCCAGCGCAGGAGAAGUCCCAGUGCCCUUGCCAUUGAAGUAUUUGAAUCACAUUUGGGAAGUCAUAUUUUACAGUCCCUGGAUGGAUUUGUAUUUGCACUAAAUCAAGAAGGAAAAUUUUUGUACAUUUCAGAAACUGUCUCCAUCUAUUUAGGCCUGUCCCAAGUGGAACUGACAGGCAGCAGUGUGUUUGACUACGUCCACCCAGGAGACCAUGUGGAGAUGGCAGAGCAGCUGGGCAUGAAGCUUCCCCCGGGGCGAGGCCUUCUCUCGCAGGGUACAGCAGAGGAUGGAGCCAGCUCAGCAUCCUCAUCUUCCCAGUCCGAGACCCCUGAGCCAGUGGAAUCUACAAGCCCCAGUUUACUAACCACUGACAACACUCUAGAGCGCUCUUUUUUCAUCCGAAUGAAAUCUACACUGACCAAGCGAGGAGUGCACAUCAAAUCAUCAGGAUACAAGGUGAUUCAUAUAACAGGCCGGUUACGUCUGAGAGUGUCACUGUCCCACGGACGGACAGUACCCAGCCAAAUCAUGGGACUUGUUGUCGUUGCUCAUGCUUUGCCACCUCCUACAAUUAAUGAAGUCAGGAUUGACUGCCACAUGUUUGUCACUCGCGUGAAUAUGGACCUCAAUAUCAUUUACUGUGAAAAUAGGAUUAGUGAUUACAUGGAUCUGACCCCUGUAGAUAUUGUAGGAAAGAGAUGUUACCACUUCAUUCAUGCUGAAGAUGUGGAAGGCAUCAGACAUAGUCACUUAGACUUGCUGAAUAAGGGUCAAUGUGUAACAAAGUAUUACCGCUGGAUGCAGAAGAACGGAGGUUAUAUCUGGAUACAGUCUAGUGCAACCAUAGCUGUCAAUGCCAAGAAUGCAAGUGAGAAGAAUAUCAUCUGGGUCAAUUACCUUCUUAGUAACCCAGAGUACAAGGACACUCCAAUGGAUAUUGCACAACUUCCUCAUCUGCCAGAGAAAACCUCAGAAUCCUCAGAGACCUCUGACUCUGAAUCAGACUCAAAGGACAACUCAGGUAACACACAUGAGGACAAUGAGAACUCAAAGUCAGAUGAGAAAGGAAACCAGUCAGAAAACAGUGAAGACCCUGAAUCCGACAGGAAAAAGUCAGGAAAUCAGUCGGAUAACGAAAUGAACUGUAAUGAUGAUGGGAACAGCUCCAGCAACCAGGACAGCAGGGACAGUGAUGACAGCUUUGAAAACUCUGACUUCGAGAAUCAAAAGGCCCCUGAGGACAGUUUUGGCACUCUUGGCUCUAUGCAGAUCAAGGUGGAGCGCUAUGUUGAGAGUGAGUCAGACUUGCGGUUGCAGAACUGUGAAUCACUGACCUCGGACAGUGCCAAGGACUCAGACAGUGCAGGGGAAGUAAAUGCCCAGUCUUCCAGCAAACAUCAAAAGAGGAAGAAGAGGAGAAAAAAGCAAAAGGGAGGCAGCAUGAUCCGGAGAAGGCUGUCAAGCACCUCAAGUCCAAAUGGACUUGACUCAGCUUUGGUGGACCAGCCCCAGCUGCUCUCGUCACCAAACAGUGCCUCAGUGCUCAAAAUUAAAACAGAAAUCUCAGAACCUAUCAAUUUUGAUAAUGAUAGCAGUAUUUGGAAUUACCCACCCAACAGGGAAAUCUCAAGGAAUGAAUCGCCCUACAGUAUGACCAAGCCCCCCAGCUCCGAGCACUUCCCUUCCCCCCAAGCCAGCAGUAGUUUACAUGUCUCCAUUCCAGACUCCGUUCUCACCCCACCAGGGACUGAAAAUACUGCCAGCCGUAAAACUCAGUUCAGCACCUCAUCCAACUCGGCCUUGGCUCCUGUGUCCUCUGACCCUUUGUCACCCCCACUUUCAGCAUCUCCACGGGACAAACAUCCAGGAGGUCCCACAACUUCCAACUCUUUGUUGUACACUGGGGAUCUGGAAGCCCUUCAGAGGUUACAAGCAGGCAAUGUGGUGCUUCCUUUGGUUCACAGGGUAACGGGAACCCUUGCUGCGACCAGCACUGCUGCUCAGAGGGUCUACACCACUGGCACUAUUCGGUAUGCUCCAGCUGAAGUUACUUUAGCCAUGCAGGGCAACCUCCUCCCCAACACCCAUGCUGUUAACUUUGUUGACGUUAACAGCCCCAGCUUUGGGCUGGAUCCUAAAACACCGAUGGAAAUGCUCUACCACCACGUUCACCGACUCAAUAUGUCGGGACCGUUUGGAAGUGCUGUGAGCGGGGCCAGUCUGACCCAAAUGCCUGCAGGGAAUGUGUUCACAACUGCCGAAGGACUUUUUUCCACUCUUCCAUUUCCUGUGUACAGCAAUGGCAUUCACACUACACAGACUCUGGAACGGAAAGAGGAUUGAAAUAUGACCACAUACUGUGUUCAGUGUUAUACUCUGAGGCAUAGACUAUGUUUUAAUUUAGACCUUUAAUUCUAGCACUUUGAAUUUGAGCAGGUCAGCUUAUUCUCUCAAUAUGAUGGUCCCCAUUUCAUUCCCUUUCUCUUUAACUUGACUUAUUCUUUAAUGUAAAGAUAUUUUUUUAUUUUUGCCUUCAGAGAGUCGAAGUACCAGUUGCCUGCCAUUUUGUCUUCUUCUAAGAUGUGUGUUUUUUCCUUUGCAUCUUUAUUAAGAUGCCUUUAAUAUGUGUAUGCCUCUGCCAUAGAAUACUCAGUGUUGUGGUAAAGAGAUUUUAAAGUGACAACCAUUGGUUUUACUUCAAAAUGAUCUUGAUAUGAUCAAGAUUAAAAGAGACAAGCAUAAACAAUGUGCCCUGUUUGACUAAGUCAAAUGAAAAGGGGUUUUUGUUCCUAAUUCCUUUAAAAAUAGGGGAUAGUAUUUUAGAAUUUUAUGCAGAGUUUAAUUCUCUUUUUAUGGUUAAGAUUUUCUUACUUGCACAUAAAAUAAUUUGGGUUCUUAAAAAGUUAAUUUCUGGCCUGUGACUAGAAUGUUAAAAAGUUGGACUAAAUGUUAAUUACUGAAACUUUAACUUAAUUUCUAAAACCAUGGUGCUAUCAUUUAUUAAUCUGUAAUGUCUUCAUACAAUAUGCAGCUUGUGGGCUGGGUUUUUUGGAAAGAAUGUGUUCCGUACUGGUUUAUAGUCGGGUGCUGCAGUCUCCUUGGUUAGUUAAGACAAAAGCCCUCAUUAACAUUUGCUGCAGGACUUAAAAUUUUUUACCUCCAAACUAACAAGCAUAGCCUCACAUCAAAUUUAAAUGGGUCAGGAAGCCUUUUUCAAAAAGUGCUUAAAAACAAAAAACUCAAUUUAAUUGACGCGAGGAGCAGUUUCUUAGGUGCAUAUUCUUUUGCUUUAUUUUUUUCUCAGUGUAACUGAGGCUAAUUUUACAACGUCAAAUAACACUUCAGAGUAAAAAAAAAAAACAACAGAAGAACUAUUUAACAUGUUUUGUUUUUCAUUUAAUA